CUUGGAAGCCUUUUUGCAUGUUACUGUUCCAUUGAAGUCACUCAGGCAAUGUGGGAUGGAUAUCUACAACAAGCAGAUCCAUUUUUUAUUUAUUUCUUAAUGUUAAUAAUCCUUGUUAAUACAAAAGAAGUUAUUUUAGCACAGGAGUCAGGCAGCAAAGAAGAAGUUAUCCAGUUCUUGGAAAAUACUCCAUCCAGUUUGAAUCUAGAAGAUGUAGAAGAUCUCUUCUCUCUGGCUCAGUAUUAUUGCAGUAAAACACCAGCUUCUUUCAGGAAGGAUAAUCACCAUCUAUUUGGUAGUACUUUGUUGGGAAUCAAGGAUGAUGAUGCAGAUCUGAGUCAGGCUCUUUGUCUGGCCAUCUCGGUGUCAGAGAUCCUUCAAGCAAAUCAGCUUCAAGGGGAAGGAGUCCGGUUCUUUGUGGUGGAUUGCCGUCCUGCAGAACAGUAUAAUGCUGGGCAUUUAUCAACUGCUUUCCACUUAGAUUCAGAUCUGAUGCUCCAGAAUCCAUCUGAGUUUGCACAAUCAGUAAAAUCUUUGCUGGAAGCACAGAAGCAGUCCAUCGAGUCCGGCUCCAUUGCUGGUGGGGAGCACCUCUGUUUUAUGGGCAGCGGUAGAGAGGAAGAAGACAUGUAUAUGAACAUGGUCCUGGCACACUUUUUACAGAAAAACAAAGAAUAUGUGAGCAUUGCCAGUGGAGGAUUUAUGGCACUGCAGCAGCACCUGGCGGACAUAAAUGUGGAUGGACCAGAAAAUGGAUAUGGCCAUUGGAUUGCUAGUACCUCAGGCUCAAGGAGCAGUAUCAAUUCUUCUGUUGAUGGUGAAUCUUCUAAUGGCUCAAAUGAUAGAGGAAUGAAAUCACUAGUAAAUAAAAUGACUGUUGCUUUGAAGACGAAAUCCGUUAAUGUCAGGGAAAAAGUUAUCAGUUUUAUUGAGAAUACAUCAACUCCUGUGGACCGGUGAGUUGCUUAUAUGGUAUGAGUUUAUGAUUAGUAACUAAAGAAACGUGUCUUACAGUAAAAGCUAGUUGAAUUGAAUGUGUUCUAGAAGAAUCAUAAAGUACAUUUUUUAAUUAGAUCAUUUCAGUUUUCAUUAUAAUUGCAGAGAUGUCCUUUAUUGCUAUAAUAUUUGACUGUAAUGAUUUCUUUCUUCUUCUGCUCAUAAUAAAUAAUGGUACUGCCCCUCUAUGUGGUUCACUAAAAAAAUAUUAAGAUGCUAUUCUAUAUAUUACAUUUCAUAUAGUAGCUGUUGCCCACAUGUCAGAUGGAUGGGAACUAUCUACAAAAUGCAGUAAUCUCAAAGCAGGAACCUCCUCUUCUCCUCUAGGAAUUUGUAACCUAGAAAAUUUGGUCAUGCUAAAUAAAGGAAAA